GUUGCAAAUAUUUUCUUGGAUCGGACUGUGACGUAGUAGAACCCUUGGACGUUUGUUCAAGGAUCGGUUUCUCGCGCUGCCGAUAUUCUCGGAUAUCGUCAGAUUAUAGGGCAAGCAUUUUCUACAUCGUCUUGGUGGAUCGCACAUACGUGGGAUUAAUACAGAUUGUUAGAACCGUGAACGUCUGUUUCCGCUUCAAGGUCACGACGAUCGUAAAGGGGCGCGUGGACCAACUAACGCCCGGUUUUCCGCGCGCCCGGAUGUCCAAGUGCAUCACCGGAUGCAGGUGCUAUCACACCUCCGCCGGGUGACUGAUUCACCUAGUUUUGAUAUAGGUAGUAACGUGACAAAACUACAAGUUUUCCUAUUCGGUGCACUUUUUGGAAGCAUACUGGUCAUGCUACUUAUGGAGCUUAAUUAUGAACGGAUACCUAUAUCAGUGAAACCGGCUCCCGAACUUUCAGGACCAGUCAACAGCUCGGUCAAAAUAUUCUGCUGGAUAACUACAAUGCCCUCAAAUCAUGGCACUAAAGCUAUUCACAUCAAAGCAACUUGGGCACCCCGAUGCGAUCGCUAUCUCUUCAUGAGCAGCGUAGAUCUUCCAGAGCUACCCGCUGUUGCUGCAGUGAACAGGGAAGGUCGCUCCUACCUAUGGGAGAAAACAGCAUUUGCUUUGAACUAUGUUUGGACGCAUUUUGGUGAAGAAUUUGAUUUUUUCUACAAGGCUGACGAUGACACUUACGCAUUGAUUGACAACUUGCGGUUGCUUUUGGCGGACUACGAUCCGCACACUCCCGUGCUUAUAGGUCAGGCACACAAGUCCUUCCUAAAACAAGGUUAUCCAUCGGGGGGUGCCGGAUACGUCAUGUCACGAGCUGCCCUCAGACUCAUCGUCCAGGGUAUGAAAAAUACGAGCAUGUGUUAUGACCAACGGUUUAGUCUCGCUGAAGAUUUGAAACUCGGGGCUUGCGCUGAAGAACUUGGCAUCCAAUUAAUCCAUAGCGUGGAUGAGAAUGGCCACUAUCACUUCUACUGCUACUCUCCAUUCGAAAGAUUAAAAAACCAUGGGCUGUCUGCUGAACUGACCUUCGAUAACCAUAAGGAAGGUACCGGAUGUUGCGCCAGGAAUCCCGUCUCCUUUCACUACAUCAAACCUGAGGAACUAUACUUUUUGGACUAUCUUUUGUACACCGCAAGGUCUCGUGGACAUUCUUGAUCGCCUUGCAGCUUUAGAGUUGCUUUCGUGAAAUAACGAUUAUAUUUGUGUUUUUGGUGUAUGAACUUGAGACGCUUUUACGAUGAAUAUGUUGUCAGAUUCCUGUGACUGACGGACGAUCAUACCAAUGGUGCUGGUACUAUUAAAAUUUCGGCGAGUUUUACUCCCUUUCGUCCGGUUCACCGCUGUAUCAUUUCUUGAACUGAUCAUGCCUGAUCUGACACGUAUUGAGGCAAAAAAUAGAGCUCUCUUCAUUCAUCAAUUUUUUUAGAAACGGUACUCUAUCGAACACGAUUGUGUGACUGUGCACGACAGUCGCAAAAGCCCAGCUCUCUAUUCUUUCUCUGCACUACGACCGGUUCCAAUUGGCCUAUUUAAUCUCGUGUGG